AUCAUGUAACAGAAAGGUUGUAUUACUUUGCAGUUUUAUAGUUUAUGAAUGAGAGAAUGCAUUUAGUAUUUAAUAGACAGUGGUGAUGAAGAAUUAGCUAACAUUUGCAAUUUUACCAUGAAGAAUUAUCUGGUAAUUUACAAUCGAACAAGACUCACUAUUGAAGUGAUUUUAAAAGCAUGAAAAAAAUACAGCAAUAGAUAAUUCAUCAAAUAAAAUAAUUUUUCUUGAUAAAAACCGAUAUAUAUUAUAUACAUUCAUCAUGAAUUCUGUAAUUAUAUUUGCUCUAACACUUGUCAUAUUAUUUAAUGUAAAAUAUGGAUUAUUGAUAUCACAGCAUCCAAAGUUAUUAGUAGUAUCAUUUGAUGCAUUCAGAUAUGAUUAUUUUAAUAGAAAUUUAACACCAUUUAUGAAUAAAUUAAGACAUGAAGGCACACAUGCAGAUUAUAUGAUGAAUAUUUUUGUCACAAAAACAUUUCCCAAUCAUCAUACAAUGGCUACAGGAUUAUAUGCAGAAACACAUGGAGUUAUAGAUAAUGAAUAUUAUGAUGUUAUUUCUGGAAAUACAACAAAAUAUUCAUAUAAUUUGUAUCAUUAUGAUAAUAAAGUUCUUCCUAUUUGGACUGCUAAUGAAAAAGGAGGUGCACAAAGACGAAGUGGCUCAAUGAUGUGGCCUGGAGGCAUUUAUGAAUAUCAAGGAAUAACUCCUACAUUUACACAGAAUUUUAAUGAAAAUAUACCUUGGGAAGAAAGAAUAGAUACUUUAAUAUCAUGGUUUAUUCAUCCUAUACAUCCAAUUAAUUUUGGAAUAUUAUAUAUUGAAGAACCAGAUUAUCAUGGUCAUGGCAUUGGAAUAAAAGGACUUGAAUUUGAUAAUAUUCUUAGAAAAUUAGAUAAUAUAACUAAAUAUCUUCAUAACAAGAUAGAAUAUCAUGGCUUAAAUGAUCUCAAUGUUGUUCACUUGAGUGAUCAUGGAAUGGCAACUGUUAAGUUAGAUAGAAUAAUAGAUCUAACAAAAUAUAUUAAUAGUUCUGAUUAUAAAUUUGUGGGUACUUCACCAGGAUUACAUAUUUUUCCUAAUCCUGGCAAAGAAGAAACAAUUUAUCAAACAUUAAAACAAAUAGCAUCAAAAUUGAAAAAAUUUAGAGUUUAUAGAAGAGAGGAAAUUCCUAAAAAAUAUCAUUAUGGAAAUAAUACACGUAUUGGUCCUAUUUUUGUUAUUGCUGAAGUGGGAUAUGCAUUUCAAAAUCUUCUUGACAAUAUUGAGUUUUAUAAAAAGAAAUUUAAUAUUACAGUAAACAAUGAUUCAGAAUUUGGUCUUCAUGGUUAUGAUAAUGAAGCUAUAGAAAUGCAUCCUUUUUUUUUUGCAAAAGGCCCUGCAUUUAUGUCUAACUGCAAACUUGAACCUUUUAAUAAUUUAGAUUUAUAUCCAUUAUUCUGUAAAAUACUUGAUCUUCAAUGUCCUAUAGUAAAUGGUACUUUAUUGCAUUUAACCAAGUGCCUUAAGAAACAUCAGCAGGAUAUUACAGUGAUUGCUUAUCGAAUGAUAUUUAUAGCUACCAUCAUAUCCAUGUCAAUGGUUGGAGUUAUAGGAGCAAUAGUAAUGUUCUAUAUGAGAAAACGACGAUUGGGAGUUAGAAGUUACAGGAGAUAUUAUCCAGUGGAUGGAUAAUAUAUAAAAAAUAUCGAGCAAUAUAUGAAAUUUAUGAAUUUUCAUAUUGCAUAUAGAUAACAAACUGAAUCACAAAAGUAAAGAUGAUAUAAUAAUAAAAAAUAGCAUAGUCAUCUUCCUGAUGGAGAAUAAAUAAAUAUAAUUUCAUUUAUCAUAAAUUAAUCAUUUAUCGUUAUUUUAUUGUUUUAAUCUUCAGUAAAAUAGUAAAAUAUUUGCAUUUUAUUUGUUUUAAACAAUUAACCAAUAUCUAUCUAUAGAAUUAAUUCAUAUUGUACUAUACAUAUAUAUUUUUAAAUUUAUAAUAAUAUGUAUAAUUUUGAAUUAGUUUUUAUUAGGAAAUGUUAAAUAUAUGAGGUAUGCAAAAAAUUUUAAUGUUUAAACAAUUAGCUAUUAAAGCACAAUAAUAAGAACAAAUUUUUUAAUAAAGAGCGAAAUUAAAUUUCUCAUUUAUAUGUUUGUAAAUUCAUUAUAAAAAGAGUUAUUUCCUAAUACUUUUCUUCCUUGUAACAUUAAUAUAAAAAAUAACCAGAUUCGACUUUUGUUUUUAGAAGAAUACUGGAAGAUUUGGAAGCACAAUACCAUUGGGAUGAAAAUCACGAUAUUGAAAAUGCUACUUGCAAGUAAAUUUUCAAACAAUCUGUUUUCAAAUUAUUGCUUUACCUUUUAUGUUUAUAAAAGGAAUUGCUUUCUUUUUUUUUACAAGUCAAAAUCCAUCCCAAAAUUCAUCAAUCAAUGUACACUAUUAAUAAUCUAUUUCUGUUUUCAGAUUAAAGAAUUUUCCAGAUUUAUUCAUAAUUUCAUGCUACGCGAAGAAUAAACAUUUGUAUGCAUAUAAAGGAAAUGUUAAGUAUAGGAAAACUCUGUUUCAUUGUAGGUGACAUAUAUUUUACUCGUUAUAUGGUUAAAUAUAUUUUUAAAUACAUAUAAAUGAGAAAAUAAUUCUGUGAUAAAAGGAAAAAGAAUUGAAACUUUCAAACUUUUUAAAUAAUGUAUAUAGUGAAUAAUCAUUAUUAAGUUUUAGACAUAAAGAUUCAGUUUUCGUAAUAUUUUCUUGACAAACUUCUUAUUUUUUUUAUAAUUAUAUCAUACAAAAUAUAGUCAUUAUAUCAUGCAAAAUAUUAAUAAUAUAAUAUAUAUAAUACAUAAAAUCUUGUUUCCAAUGAUAUGAAAGUUCUACCAAUAUAAAUGAUACUAAAAAAUUUAUUUCAAAUGAAAUCUUUCAUAAAAGAAUGAUAAUAUGCACAGUAUUAUUUUAAAAAUUAGCAUAUAAUGUAAUUCAUUCUGUCAAUAUCAUUUAUGGAAUAUUUUACAAAAUUCAAUUUGUAAAUCAAAUGUACUUAUCAUAAUUAUGCACCAAUUGUAUAACAAUUCGUAUGUAAAUAAAUCAAUAUUGUAAAUAAAUACUAUUAACAUAAAA